UUUUAUUCUAGGGCACACCCACCAUACAUGACCAUGGACAUCUAAUCUCAAAAUUCCCAAAUCACCGAAAAAUAAAAUCUUUACAUCAUCCAUGGGUUCGCUCGACGCCCCGAUCAGUGCGGAAAACGGCACCGCUCCUCCCACCGGCGCCGGAAAAUCUCUUACAGCGGAUGUCGGCGCACGCGUCCCGUCGUCAGAGGCGGCGGUGCCGGAGUUGGACACCUCGAAACGACGAAGAUCGUCUGUGCUCCCCCUGGAGGUUGGCACGCGCGUCAUGUGCCGUUGGAGGGACUCGAAGUACCACCCUGUCAAAGUCAUCGAACGCCGAAGAGUCCCUGGCUGUGGCCCCAACGAUUACGAGUAUUACGUCCAUUAUACUGAGUUCAAUAGGAGGCUUGAUGAGUGGGUGAAGCUUGAUCAGCUUGAUCUUGAUUCCGUGGAGGCAGUUGUUGAUGAGAAAGUGGAGGAGAAGGGUGCAACAGGUUUGAAGAUGACACGCCACCAAAAGAGGAAGAUUGACGAAACACAUGUAGAGGGCCAUGAGGAGCUUGAUGCUGCUAGUUUGCGUGAACAUGAAGAAUUUACUAAAGUGAAAAAUAUAGCUACUAUUGAACUUGGAAGAUAUGAGAUUGAGACAUGGUAUUUCUCCCCAUUCCCACCAGAAUACAAUGACUGUUUGAGGCUGUACUUCUGUGAGUUUUGUCUCAAUUUCAUGAAGCGCAAAGAACAGCUUCAGAGGCAUAUGAAAAAGUGUGAUCUUAAGCAUCCCCCUGGUGAUGAGAUAUACAGAAGCGGUACACUGUCAAUGUUUGAGGUUGAUGGCAAAAAGAACAAGGUCUAUGGGCAGAAUCUUUGUUAUUUGGCCAAGUUAUUUCUUGAUCACAAGACCCUCUAUUAUGAUGUUGAUCUGUUUCUGUUCUAUGUUUUAUGUGAAUGUGACGAUCGAGGAUGCCACAUGGUUGGCUAUUUUUCCAAGGAAAAACAUUCUGAAGAGUCUUACAAUUUGGCAUGUAUUCUCACCCUUCCACCUUACCAAAGAAAAGGCUAUGGCAAAUUUCUUAUCGCUUUUUCAUAUGAACUUUCCAAGAAGGAGGGAAAAGUUGGCACACCUGAAAGACCUCUUUCAGACCUUGGACUGCUUAGCUACAGAGGAUAUUGGACCAGAGUUCUGUUAGACAUUCUGAAAAAGCACAAGGGAAACAUUUCGAUCAAAGAGCUUAGUGAUAUGACUGCCAUUAAAGCUGAAGAUAUAUUGACCACUCUUCAGAGCCUGGAAUUGAUUCAGUACAGGAAGGGACAGCAUGUUAUUUGCGCAGAUCCAAAAGUUCUGGACCGCCAUCUCAAAGCUGCUGGCAGAGGAGGUCUGGAUGUUGAUGUUAGCAAAUUGAUCUGGACUCCUUAUAAGGAACAAAGUUGAUUGCCGCACUCAUCAAAGAAAUACUGUGAUGUUCUUGUGUAUAGAGCGUAGGCUAGGUUUCUUAGUUGGUAACAUGGCCCCUUUGAUGUAUUAUGGAGAUCAGAAUAGGAUAUAACUGAUUGAUUUAUGUACUUAGCCUUUCAUUUCUAAUGAUGACUGGCAGAGGAAUUGUUUUAUUUUUUAUCUUAAUGCAUGCAUAUUCCUAGC